GUGUAUUAAACAUAUAUAAUGAUAUUACGACGACGAAUGACAUUAUUGAAAAUAAUAUAAUAUGUAGCACAAUUUGGACAGUAUGACAGUAUGACAGUGUGACUAAAGGUUACCAAAGGAGUAAACAAUAUUUUCGAUGUCGCGUUUACAAGCGACGAAAGCAUAACAAACGGUAACAAUGAAACGACUGUUCAGGACAUCACAACAUUGCUUCUACAUCUGCUCGAAGUGAAAGCUGAAGAAAGUGAGCUCUCGGCCGAAGACAUGAAUCUUGGACCGCCGUGGCAACACAGGUGGAAGCGCGGUUUUUCCUCCUUAUCAAUCGGCUAUCUGGUGCGACAUCUUAGCCGAGCACGCGAUAGAGAUUAGAUACCGCAGGCAGUAGAUUUUGAACCGCCUUAAUGCCCGCUGCUUUUCCAAAGGUGAGAGCCGGUGGUGCCGCCUUCGUGCGCGCAAUUCGCGGAUUUCCCAGCGAUACCGUCCUCGUCGUCCGCAGCUGUUAGCUACGUCGCAAGCGGACAUGUCGCUGGUCGGGCGACUUCGUCUCGACGAUGUCGUCACUUCGUAUCCGGAGCUCGGCCCCACCGCUCCAGACGGCGGCUACUCCUGGGUCGUUCUGCUCGGGGUCGUCUUCAUUCAGAUCACCGUGCCCAGCGUGCUGUCGAUGUACGGCGUGGUGUUGGGAUACCUGGCCAAAGACGAUGUAUUCGACUUCGACAUCUGGAGCCAGAAGAUCACUCUGACGCCGAUACUAUUUGUCGCAUUUUGGAGCUUAGCGGAUCCAUGGACCAGGACGAUCACGGACCUCGCCUCGAUACCGCGCCUGGUUGGUCUCAUCGGAGUGGCCCUCCUCAGCACGGGCAUCAUCGCUUCCGGUUACCUGGCGACCGGCGGGGUAGGCGCCUACCUGGCUAGCCUCAGCGCCGGGGCAGUGAUGGGCAUCGGUGCGAGUUUCGUGAUCGUGCUGAGCGAGACUCUCGUGCGGAAGCACUUCCGCGUACGGUUGCCGUUAGCGUUGGCACUGAAGAACAUCGCGGCCUCCUUCGGCUACACGUUCGUGCCGGCGCUUACGCACUUCCUCCUCCGAGAGACAGGCCUGAAGACUGGCCUUCUGCUGAUGACCGCCGCCCUCAUCCCUACAGCCAUGGGCACGUUGACUUUGCGCCUGCCGGCUCCGCAGCGAGCGUCGCCUUACAGAUUACUCCUGUCGGGCGACGAAGACAACGAGCUGGGUAUCAGAAUGACCCCGGACGUUGCUGAGGAAACGAACGCUCAGGACAACACAGCCAAGCGGGACAGAAACGCCACGCCGUUGUUCAGCGAGGUCAACAGCAUCUACGCCUUUCAAGAGGACGAGGACGUGGAACUGUUCGUGAAUCCGCGAUCGGCCGGCAAACGGUGGCAACAGGAGUUCCGUGUGUUCCGCUACUUCCGCUUCUGGGCGGCGCUGAUCACGUGGAUCGGCAUGAGGACGUGCUCGCUUUUCUUCUGGAUCUUGAUGCCCACCCUCUACCUGAAGUGCGCGCCGCCCGCGUAUCACUCCGACUGGGUGAUACUGAUGGUCGUCACUGGCUUCGGCACGUUCCUGCCGAGCGUCUGUAGUUGUUGGCUGGCCAUCGCCACGAUACAGUACAGGAGAAUUUAUUUCGGAACCGCCUGUUGGCUCGGCAGUGUCGUCUUGAUAGGUUUGAUUUACGCCAACAACUACUACUGGUUCCUCAUGUGGUCGCUGCUCGGCGGAAUCAGCAUCAACAGUCAACUGAUCUGCCAAGACUCGACGCUCUGCGACGUACUGGGGAACCAGUUCGCCCUUCGCUCGCGUAAUCUGUUCUCCACCUUCGUCGGCCUCGGCGUGUUAGGCUUCUGCUUUAUGCGCGGUGAGAACGUCUGUCUUGAGGUGAUAGCGCUAUUACAGUUCCUCGGCGGAUCUUAUUGGCUUGUGCCACCUGUCUGGGACAUCAUACGAGCGCGAAGACCGGCUUAGUAAUAUCGUGUAAAUUAAUAGGUCAUGUUUCGCCGCGCAGGUCCGUAGCACAUGGCAUAGGUUGUUUCCGUUAAUUUCUUUAGGGAUGAAAUAUAUGAUAGGCACAACCGUCUAUUACACUAUCAUACUUUAUGACAACUCAACGCUGUCUACUAUUGCCAUGAGUUGAGUUGAGUUAAUGACAGUAAUAUAGACGGUUGUGCCUAUUGUAUAUAUUUUAUUAUACUAGGAAAGCUGACUCAAACAAGCAUUAACGGAAACACCCACUAUGUGCUAUGAUCCAUUAGUUGUCAAGAGUUGAAAUAUCGACGAGGGGAAUCAUCAUCGUGAUCAAUCUCGGGUGUCUUUAUUAAGUGGUAAGAAAUACUCUCUAAGGUAAUAUUAAGAACUGAUUUGUACAUAUAUAUAUA